UCACCUCAUUCAGGAAAUCAUAAGAUCACUCACAAGCUGUUAAGCUACAGACAUGAAGCGAAUGCUUUGGCUGCUUUUCCUGCUUGUGCACCUGGCCGGGACAGGACACACAGAAAAAUCAGAGAGAUGCUUGUUUCAGAAGCAACAGUUGAUGUGGAAAAAUAUAGGUGAAAAAGCUGUUCUAAAUUGCAGCAUUUAUUCACACUGUUCAGCUGGAGAACUGGAGUUCGAAUGGUUUCUUGUUAAAAAGGAUUCCCAUAAGCGUCUUAUGCAGACCCAAAGGUACAACAUACAAAAAAAUCUUUUAAACAUCGAUUCUGUUAAUGGCAACGACACUGGGCUUUACCUCUGUGCUGCAAAAGAGACAGAAUGCUGCCAACCCUUUGUAGCAAAUGGGACUCUUCUUGUAGUGGGAGGAAAACCUAAGGUAAUGCUGUGGAAGAUUCUUGUGUGGGUGUUAUUUACCCUCUUAGCCAUCUACAGCUUGGCUUUGGUUACGCUCAUCAUAGUAAGGAAGCGUGACUGUAACUUGACCUUCAGCAACAAGAGCUCUAAAACUGAAACGCAGAAUAGCGUAAGGAAGAAAACACAGUUCAGAGACGUACUGCAAGAACUCCACAGCAGGACGAUGGUGAACAAAAGGAAACAAAGCACAAGAGGAAACGGUUCCCAAGUUGGGGUAAAUUAUGUUGCAGCACAUCAGCGUCAAAAUUACUCAACAGAAACACUGCAAUAACACCUACUGUUGCAUUAUGUUUAAACAGAAAAAAAAAUGUGUUAAUGUCUUUCCAGGCAGCAAGUGGGCACAGCAACAUCUCUACCGACGACAUCUACCAAAAUGUCUAAUGGUCAUCUCACCCUGUUAAAUAACAGGAGGAUGUUAUGAAGCUACGAAACAUGUGCCUGAGGCGACUGUUCUGUUGCAAAUGGAAGGACAAAUGAGUCAGGGGACUGGUUGGACCUUUGCUCAAGUUUACCAAUGAAAUGAGACAUUUACUGCACAGUAAUGAUGCUGACUCAGGGUUUUUAGCAGUGUCACAUUGACUGUCUCUUUCCAUAGUUCUGUUCAAACUUUCUGCUCAGAUGAACUAGUACAUGCAGGUUUAUUCUGGAGCUGUAAUUGGAGGCAUUUAUGCAGCGCAGAACAGAGGAUUAAAUGAGAAAUAGUUGUUUUAAGCAGUCAACAUAGAUCCAAAAGUUGAACAUGGCAUGCAUCCUUAUGUAAUAGGUGGUUUUAGACAGCAACAUUAGUAAAAUAAUACAUUUUUACAGUGCUGUGUAAAGAUCCUAUGUAAGAUUUUGUUGUAAGGUUGAUGUUUUCUUUCUUUUCUUUUUAAUUCAGUUUGUGAAUUGUAAAGUCCUGUCACGCUCUGUAAAUGAUUGACACUGUAUUGCCAAAACUUUCGGUCACUUGCUUUUAAUAUGAAUGACGUCCCGUUUUAAUUGCAGAUUUAGGAGUUUGUUCAUGAGAAUUUUUGAACCAUUGUUCCAGAAGUACAUUAAUGAGGUCAGACACUGAUGUUGGACGACUUUGGUCACAGUCUCAUUCAUCUUAAAGGUGUUCUGUCGGGCUGAGUUCGGCAAUCUGUGCAGGGCAGCCAAGUUCUUUCACACCAGACAAGAUCAUCCAUCAUUUUAUGGGUUUUGGUUUAUGGUUUGGUGCCCAGUCACAGAAGUGAACAUCCCAAAAUUGUUCCUACAUAGACAUACAUUGUUUUGGCAUGUAAAACUUCUGAACUAACAUCCCUUCUUCACCAAACUUUAAUCUUGACAAAAAGUAGUCAUGGAAACCCAGACUCUGGUGGGUUGCGUUGCUUUUAUACAGAGAGCCUUGAUUCAUCACUGCAAAGAAGACGGUCAUAAUAUUUUAUAUUUCUUUAUUUCUUUUAGGCACUGGUUGAUUUUUUUUUCCUAUUUGAAAGAAAAAACUGCAUUUUUGAACCAACAAAAUACUUUUAUAAUAAAUAUGCCAAAGAAAUCUUAAGGGGUUUGUUCUAUUAGUUUUAUUCUGCGACAUUUAAAAUGUCUAACAGAUCAAUAAGGCUUUGAAUGUAGCAUAGACAAUUGUUGCUGUGAUAUUCCUAUAAAGCCUUGAGAAUAAAAUGAAAAUAUUACAAAUGUCUCUAAAAACAGUAGAAAUUGUUAAAUCUUUUGAACACGAAUGUCAUUGCACAUUGAGGCCAACAAUCCAGUUUUAUCAUAAACCUGGUUCUGGUAAAGUUUGCAUAUGCCUUUUUUCUUUCAUAGUCUUUGGUGCUGCUGCAAUACAAAGAUAUCAUGCUGUUCUUUAAAACGCUUUCUGUUGUGCAUGUUUGAUAACUGAUCAGCAGUUUCUUUAACUUCCUCUUUGAGAACUUAAAACUGGUCACACUCCAUGUUCCCUCUGUGUUACAUAGUACUGGACUAUAACAAUAAUUUGUCUAUUCUGGUGUUCAAAAUCAGGUUGUUAGCAUCAAACUUUGUUAGGUUCUGAAUCUAUUCUUCAUAUGCUGUAUGCAUGUCAGUCAGAAGAGCUGUUGCCUGCAGAAACACACCAGGAACUGUGCCUCCUUGUAGGUAAAACAAUAGAAAAAUAAAGAUUACCUUGGGGAAUUUUGCUUGUUACUUUAAGAAUCAUGUUUAAAAUUGGAAAUAUGUUUAAAAUCUCUUUUAAUAAUACCUCACAAUGAUUUGAACAAAUAAAAGCAGAACAGGUUGGCAUUGACAUUACGAAAUAAGCAAAUAUCAUCUUUAUUGCACCAGUUUAUAUUAAGGCAACUCUAAUAAUAAUUCAGCUGUGACAGUGGACAGUGGACAUUUAAAGUUUCAUAUGCAUACACAACACAGAUUCAUUCAGCAUAAAUUUCAUUUGACAUAUACAUCUCCUACAAAGGAAUGGCUCUAAUCCAUUUUCAAAUUAAAUCUGGUAUUUAAGUUUUAUUUCUGCAAUUGAUUUUUAAUCAUUGUGACAUUUCCUACUAAACUUUUUUCCUGUGAAACCGUGUACUGCAUGUUUUCACUUGUAAGUUAUAUUCAUAAAGGUCCUCAUCUUUCAUGUUUUUUUUUUUUUUUUACAUUUUAUUCUGUUUCUUCAAGGUAAAUAAAGAUUAACCUAUUUUUGCAUACACGCUGGAGUGUGUUGUCAAUAUUACAUGCAACUGAGCUCACUGUCAUUUAUUAUAAACAUAACUUGCAUUGUUUUUAAUGCAUUUUCUUCAACAACAACAAAAAACAGCUAUCAGAGCCUACAUAAGUAAAA